AUGUCGUCACCUCCAACAUCUAAGCGCAUCAAGACAUCAGUCUCAAACACCCUGCCCCCUCAACUUUUAACUCAACAACAGAUAAAUCCUUUCCAGCAGAGGCUCCCCGCUUACGAGGGUAUUCCGAUGCCCCCGGUUCAAGUAUCGCCUCAGAACCCCCGAAAGCGCCGAUCCUCUCCUCAGUCCAACACUGCGCCAACAAUGGCUGCGCCAGUAACGUCGACUGCUACUUCGGGAAAUACCUCACAAAAUGCUCGUGCCGGCGCACCAGAGGCCGCGCCCAAGAAGAAAGGGCGCACUAAUACUCCCUGGACUGCGGAAGAAGAACAGAGACUCAAAACCAUGCGCGACGCCGGUCGCAGCUGGAGUGAGAUCGCCAAGGCAUUUCAGUCGGUUGCACUCCGGGAUGCAAUCAAGGAAUAUGAGGCCAACAAAUGGAAAGUCAUCGGGCAGAAAGUUGGGAAGCCCGCGAAGGCAUGCGAGCAGUAUGCCAAGGAACAUUUCAAAAAUAUUUGA